ACCGAGAAAAUAGAGUCAGAGCCUUGGGAUGCGCCAAGAUACUGGUUAGGUAGGUAAAACUUGGGUGUAUUGGAGUGAGCCUAGAGGUACCCAGAGGCCCGUGAAACGAAACAGUUGGGUAUUUCACCAGCGAGUAGAAUAAAAGAUCCCCGAAAAAAAAAGAAGAAUACAGAAAGAGGGGAAACAAGUGUAGUGAUGGCUGUGUGAGAGUUGACGAGCGGAAAUGCGAUCAAACAUGGAGAUCGCAAAUUCUCCGAGUCUCUGAGGCAGUUUUCUUUGAUAAAUAAUCCCCCUUUUUUUUGUUCCUUCCGCCCCCUUUUUAUCAUUUGAUUCCUGUGAUUAUACAAUUGUACACUAUUUACCGCGAGGACUCGAGGAUUUUCGAAGAGAACGAGGAAAACUCAUACGUCGAGGCUAGAGCAAAAACGAGGGGAGUUGUUUUUUUUUCUUAUAAUUCUGCAAGAAACAGUGAAAUACCAAGAUACACACACGUUGUCCGGCCAGCACGCGGCCAACGGCUGCAACAGAAUGGAACUCCGCGUCGGCAGUAGAUACCGACUCGGACGGAAAAUUGGGAGUGGUUCGUUUGGAGAUAUUUAUUUAGGCACCAACAUCUCCACGGGCGAAGAAGUCGCCAUCAAGUUGGAAUGCAUAAAAACACGCCAUCCUCAGUUACACAUAGAGUCCAGGUUCUACAAGAUGAUGCAGGGUGGUGUUGGUAUACCGACAAUAAAAUGGUGCGGAUCGGAAGGUGACUACAAUGUGAUGGUUAUGGAGCUACUUGGACCCUCACUGGAAGACCUAUUCAAUUUUUGUUCGCGCAGAUUUACGUUAAAAACAGUUCUUCUACUUGCUGACCAAAUGAUCAGUAGAACAGACUUCAUUCACAGUCGCCACUUCAUUCACCGUGACAUUAAGCCUGAUAAUUUUCUGAUGGGACUAGGAAAAAAGGGUAAUCUCGUGUAUAUUAUAGACUUUGGAUUGGCCAAGAGGUAUCGGGAUGGUCGUACACACAGACAUAUACCGUAUCGAGAGAAUAAAAAUCUUACGGGAACUGCCAGAUACGCUAGUAUAAAUACACACAUGGGAAUUGAACAAUCCCGGAGAGACGAUCUCGAGUCAUUAGGUUAUGUCUUUAUGUACUUCAACAUCGGAAGUUUACCAUGGCAAGGACUGAAGGCUGCUACUAAAAGGCAAAAGUACGAGCGGAUAUCGGAAAAGAAAAUGUCAACCCCUAUCGACGAUCUUUGCAAAGGAUACCCUGUUGAAUUUGCGAAGUACCUAAGAUACUGUCGACAAAUACGUUUCGAGGAGAGGCCGGAUUAUUCAUACUUACGACAAUUGCUCCGUGCUCUUUUCCACCACGAGACCUUCACUUACGACUAUGUAUUUGACUGGAAUCUGCUCAAAUUUGGUAAUGCCAGACAACAGGCAUUGCCAGGAGCUCAGCAAGUACCAACACACUCACAGCCAGCUAAUAUUCCUCUGUCAUCUGGUACGAAUAAUGAACAAGAGCAUCCAUCAAGAAUGUACACUCGCCAAUGCCUCGCAAACGCUUCAGGCACAGCAGGUGCAACAGUAAGCACAUCAGGGCGUCGUCAGAAGCACGAGACUGAUCAGGAGGACUCCCCAGAUAAGAAUGAUCUCCAAGCCACUACUGCAGACGGUCAUGAGAAACGACGGGUCAGCAUGCGAGGCCUACGUAAUCCUGCACCUACGCCAGCGAUAGUUGAUUUGACAAAAUCAAAAAGCGACAUAGUGAGGGGUUUGACCCCAAGGAAGCUCAGCUAGGCAAACGUUCAACGCAACAAGUGAAUCGACAAAUUAAUCAAACGUCUAGUGGAAAUCGACAGUCAUCUUCAACGAGUGCUCAUCAAACUCGUAAACAAUAGUAUCCGUUAUCAUUUGAAAAAUCUGAUGAUUGAUUUUAUCAAUUUGUUCGUGAUUAAUCAUUAAUUUAAUUAAUAAAAACUAUUGUGAAUAUCUACUGUGCAUGGAAGACUGUGUACAUGCGUAUGAUAUGGGUGAGUGCAUAAUGUGAAAUUAAUUAAUUAUUCGUAAAUUCAAUAUUUACUACACCCUAAUGACUAUUAUAUGUUUCUUAAACUAUGGGAUCAUUAAUUAAUCAUUUUUCAUGGAUGUGAAGCACGUCAGACUAUCCCCCAGCCUUUGCUAAUGAUUUUUCUCAAAUGGGAUUGAGAAUUUUUAAGAGUCGAGUCGUGGAAUCGAGAGAAGUGAACGGGCAAAUGUCUUUGGAUUAAAAUCAACAGAAAUAAUAACGAACGUCAUUGACUUUUUUUCGUUAUAAACUAAAGGUUCUGAACUUAUUCUCGAGAUAGUUCUCACAUUUCACGACUUCCAGGCAGAAUUCAUUCGAAAGAAACUCGUGUAUUGACGUUUGCAAUUUUUGUAUAAUUUGAUGAUAGAUGAACAUUUGCUUACGUAAAUGUUGUUGAUAGUAUGAUGAAAUUGGCUACAAGUUGCUGAUAAAACGUUAUUGGAUGUGUAUAUCCAGUGAUCGAUUAUUCUUGGCGUUGAAAGAGUGUCUCGUCUGCAAAAUAUCAUAAUCAAUAAUUUGCUAUUUGUAACUGAUGUAAUAAAACUCGUGAUCCUGUUACCGCUUCGUCCUCAGGGGUGGGUUUUGGUAAAAUGGAUUCAAUCUUCAAUAUCUCCGAAGCAAAUGGUACGAUUUUUGCAAGCCUCAUCUUAUUUUUAAGGGCAAUAAAGAGGCUUCAAAAUAGCACCUAAAUUUGGGAUAUUUCACUCAGACAAUUGUGAGUUAUCGAAGAUUGAAAUCUCCAUAUUUACACGAUAUUUCAUAAAUGCUUCUCUAACGCUUUAAGAUUGAAUUAUAUACUCUACACUAAAACUCACAUUUUUCUCUUCUGUUACUACUAUCAUUUAGAAUAUUUAUUUGAUUUUUGUAUAUUACUUUUUUCUGUAUCGAUGGUCAUCGUACGUUCCAAUUCUUUCAAGACGAGAACGAAAAUAAAAUACACACUGCCAGAAUUUUUUACAAUUAUAGAAAAAGGGAUUCUCUCCUUCCCCACGGUUAUUCCAAUUUUGAUGAAUUGUUGAAGGGCCUCAUCGGCUAUUUAAAUUAUUCUCAUGUGAUUAAAAUCAACGGGGUAGUGAUAUGAAUUUGAAACUAAUCAUAAAGAUAAUUUUGGGAGGAUCUCAGGAACGGCCAAAUUUGAAGGGAAAUGUGAAAAGAAUAUUUUUUAAAGACUUUUCUAAGCUUUAAAAAAUAUUUUUUUUGCAAACUUCAAAGUAUUUGCAAAAUAAUGAAUCAAGAAUUUCCGGAUUUUUUUUCUGACCUUCCAACUGAUCAUUAAUUUUAGUCAGUUCCAUGAAUUAUUUUAUAGGAGAAAUUCAUUAUUUCACAUUCGAUCCGGAGAAUUUGAUCCCUUCCUCUCACACAUGCAUCCUCGAUAUCGGCACACCAUGGUUUAAAUUCCGAACUAAUUUCGUAUUCCUUAGAUUUUUAUUUGCUACUGGAUUUUUUUCAUUAUUUCGUAGAUAAUCCGAAUGUUUUUUUAUUAUCCGUUAAUCAUAUAUAGGUAUUGCACUUGUGUGCGUUUGGAUAAGGCCUUUGCUGGCCUACUAGCAAAAAUAUGUUGAUAAUAAAACAGAUGUGAGUGAGUGAGAAUUGUCGUAGCAUCUGCCGACGCAAAAAAAAUUACUAACGAUGCAAUGAUAAAUACGAUUUUUGGUAAUUGGAUGAUAAUCGUUGUGGCGCAUCACACGAUUUGUACAUAUUAUAUACGAUUUACAAUAACGAUAAUCGAUUAAGACUUUAUAUCGUAAUUCGAGUGGAAUGAUUAUUGAAAUAAUUGAGUGUAUGAGCAUAUGAGGGCGGUAUAAAAAAAUGUAAAGCGGAACGAAUGUGGCAAGAUGAGCAUGAACACAGAAUUGUAAACUUUUUGUGUACAAUAUAGAAUCAGAAUUGAGGUA